ACAGUUUGCGAAAAAACGUCGACAAAGUAUCUAUUUGCUUUAGAAGAUAUUUAUUAAGAAGAUGAAAGUUGGGAUAGUAGGUUUUGGAAGAUUAGGAAAGUACUUAUAUUCUGAGAUUCUUAGAAUCGAGGAACCAAAUAACAUUCAGGUGAGUUUCAUAUGGAAUAGAAGCAAAGAUGUCUUCAACGAAUCGGGAUUGCCUGGUAGUCUUAUCUUAAACAAUUUGGAAGAUUUCACUGAAAGGGAAGCUUCGUUGAUAAUUGAAGUUUGUCAUCCUCAAAUUGUUAAAGAAUAUGGAGAAAAAUUCUUGAAACAUUGUGAUUUUAUGGUUGGAUCACCAACGGCUUUGGCUGACGAAAAAGUUGAAAGACAAAUGAAAAGUGCUGCUAUAGAACACGACACGAGGCUUUUUAUUGCAACUGGGGCUUUUUGGGGCGCGUCUGAUAUAAGGAAGAUGGAUGACUCUAAUAAUUUGGAGAGCUUUCAAAUAACAAUGACAAAACAUCCAGAUAGUUUCAAAGUUCAUGGCUCUGUUUUAGAAAAUUUACAAAAGGCCAAAGAAGAUAAUGAAAGCAAACACGUUUUAUAUUCAGGGCCAGUUAGGGACUUAUGCAAAUUAGCACCAAAUAACGUCAAUACAAUGGCUGUAGCUUGUUUUUCAGCUCCUUCUUUAGGUUUUGAUAAAAUUAUAGGAAAACUAGUUUCUGAUAAAAACACCAACUCCCACACUGUGAGGAUUGAAGCAUAUGGCAAAAUUGGUGAAGACGGUAAUCGCUUAUCAGUUAUUACAGAAAGAGUGAACCCUGCCAGGUCAGGUGCUGUCACCGGAAAUGAAACUUUCAAAAGCUUCAUGUACAGCUUGAAAGUCGGAAACGAAUUGUUCGAUAUGGAUUCGGACGAAAUACCCAUGGUAGAAGAUGAUGAUGUUGUCGAAGCAUCAGGGGAGAAUAUACCGGAAAUACGUGUUCGGAAGGGCUCCGAAAAUCGAAGUUUAGCCGAAUUACAAGACACGUCUCUGGCACCUUUGGCUAGUUUUGAAACGUUGACCGAUGUAGAGAGUGAAAUCGAUCCAAGAUCUCCAGAUAGAGAGAGCCUGGAGGAAAAUGGAACAAGUACUCCUACAGCAAACUCUACACCCGACACUCCGACUCCUCAUGAAGAUGAGCCGGUUGUUAAUUACGAACAAUUCGAACAAGAAGAUGCAGAGGAUAAGGAAGGUGAAUCUUUUCCUCCACCUCCCCCUCCAGAAAUGAUACUUACCUCACCUGAUGGCACUUCAACCCCUGCUGAACCUGAGCAGGCUGGUGAAGAAGAAAGAGAAUACGAGGACAUACCAGAACUACCCGAAGAAGAGUAUGCGCAGGAAAUAGCUGCAGAUAAUGAGGCAGAUUACGCAAAUGGUGCUCAGUCCGAUAGCGUAGCAGACAACAUCGACUAUUCGCAAGAAAAUUAUGUUGAGGAGACAGAAGAAUUCCGUUUGCCUGAGAAUUUCGUUCCCUCUGACCCAUUAGCUGCGUGGGAAGAAGCCGAACAAGUUGCUAAAGGCACAUAUUACCAGCCUUCAGCUCCUGCUCCAGUAACAGCCACAGUAGCUGCUCCAGUACCUGAUCCAGCACCCGCUCCAGGACCUGAGACUUCAAUUGUUCAAGAAGCUGAAUAUAAACCCGAACGGCCAGAGAAGCCUCCAAAACCUCAACCUCCAACAAAACCACCAGCAAGGCCUGCCGCUCCACCUUCAAGACCAGCAGCACCGCCAGCUAAACCUCCACCUCCAAGCGUUUCAGCUCCUAAGAAACCAGAAAUUCCUCCACAUAGACCCAGUCAACCUCCUGUCGAAAAGAAAAAACGGGGAAUAUCUCCCAAGAGAUUUGUCAGGAGCCUUGUUGAGACUCCUGAAAAACGGGAAAAACGAGAGAAAAAGAAGUUGGAAAAGAAAGAAAAAAAAGAAAAAGCUAAAGAAGCAUUAUCAAAAUUUUUAGGUUUGAAUAAAGGUGCACAACCUCUACGAAGUGAAGAAGUAACAGAAAGUCUGGAACAAUCUAAUGAAUCGUGGAAGCAAUUUGAUGAAAUGCAAGAACGAAUUUCGGCAGUUGUUGAUAAAGCAAAGUUGUCUCAACCAAGUGUUGAUGAAGAAGAAGAAAGUUUAGAAAGAGAACCUGAAGAAGAAUUCGAGCAAAAAGCUGCACCGCCUCCGCCUAGACCGGCUCCUCCUCGUCCGCCAUUCAAUUCUCCACAAACUCAACAUAUUACUCCUGCUGCCUCAGCUGAAAAUCAAACAUGCGACGUUGAUGAUUCACUUGUCAAUCCAGUAAAACCUGUUCUGCCAGAUGAGCCAGUUUUAGAUCUGGAUCUCAAAGUUUGCGAUAGCAGCCCAGAAGACUCUGAGGACUUUAAGGCUAUGGAGCCAGUCGCCGAUAAAGAGGAAGAUGAUGACUUUGACAUUAGGGAUGAAAGCGCUGUUGUAGAAGAUGUAAAGCCAGCUGACGAUAAGGGCUUUGACGCCUUCGGUAGUGAGGAAAGUCCUCAAAAUUCAGAAUUUGUAGCCCAGUUUGAUGAUUUCAAUCAGGAAUCAACUCAAAAAGCUAAUCCCACUGGACUACCUAUCGAACCACAGUUCAAUUUAAGCAUGCAAGUUGCUGCACCUGUAGGGUCAACGCAGCAAACCUUUAGUCCUACAAAUUCAACACCAAAUGAAGGUGGAACUACUAAACCUGAAGAGUAUUCAAGUCCUAAAGACGAAAGAGCAAAGGAAAUAGUAUCACCCACAAUAUCUACACCGAAGGAUUUUACGUCAAAAGAGUGUUCAUCAGUAGCAUCCACGCCUAAAGAACCUAUGGCAGCGGAUAUUUCUCCCAAAAAACCAGAAGCACCGUCUGUUCUCUUUGAUUUAUCUCUACAGCCUCUCGAGCCAACAUUGGCUACAUUUGAACCUUUAGAACAGGUUGCGGAUGCUAUAGAUAAAUUAUCUAAAAAAGUGGUUGAAAAUCAAAAAGAUCCAUAUCUGGCUGACUUUGAUCCAACUUUUAGUGGCAAUACCAAUAUGCAACAAGUGUCAAGUAAACCAGAUGACAUCUUCGAAAAAAUCAAUAAAAUUGCUCAGAGACGCCGAUCGGAAAGUACCGAAUCAAUAGACUCUGCAGUAUUACCCGUUCGAACAGGUUCAACAAAACGGGAUCCAUUCAGUACCAUUGACGUAUUUAGUAAAGAAAAACGAAAAAAAUCUCUUUCAGAAAUGCAAUUUGAAAAACGUCAGUCACUUAGUGAAUGUUCAUCACCGAUUUCAUGGGAAAAGCCUGUUGUACCAAUACCUGCUUAUGUCGAUCCAAAACUUCAAGAUCCUUUCGAAUUCGCUCCAGAAGUAGAGUCGAAGCCGGAAUUAGAUCAAGAAGUUAGAGCGGAAGUAACUCCCAAAACAAAACAUCCAGAAACUGUUGAAAAAGCCAAAAGUGAAGAACCACAGCCUCAAAUUAAAGAAAUCAAAGAACGAAAAACCGAUUUUGAUUUUCAAAGUGCCAAACUGGACUUCGAUGAUGAUGUAUUCAAAGACGCAGCUGUGCCUGUUGAAGAUGCGGGAGAUCCUUGGGGAGAUGCAGAUGAAGUUGCUGAGGGAGAAGGGGCCUUUGAGGACGAAGCCUUUGAAUGCUUUACAGAGGAAGCUAAACCUAGUAAAGCCCAAUCGAAAGUUCCAUUUGAUCCAUUCCGCACUAUAAGUGAGGACGGAGAUGAUCCAGUAUCUUUUAGCUCAGUUGCAAUCAAAGCUACCUACGAAACAAAGAAAAAAGAGGAACGUGAGAUUGAAGCUGAAGAUGAUGGGGAAGAUGAAGAGAAAAAUUUAAAAGUCAAUAUUUCGGCGAAAAUUGAAGUUAAAGAAGAUAAGGGUGCGAAAGUUGUCCCUCUGCUGCCCCCUCCACCAAAAGUUGUCAAGGAGCCGACACCACCUACUUCCUCUGAUGAAGAAGAGCCGGAAGAAGACUAUCAAACCGAAACAAACUUGUCCAUGGCAGCUCCCGUUAUUGCAGUAUCAUCACCUGAUGGGACAACGGCUGAGAAUAACUUAGUUGAGCUACAAAAAGUAUUCGAACCGGAAGUUCUUGAACCUCUUCCACCUUUUUACGAGCCUUUUAAAGGUACAGGCUGGAAGAUGAUGAUUCGUAUGCCCUUAAAGAAGAAAUUGACAGGAAAUAGAUAUUGGAAAAAUUGCUUUGUUCGACUGCAGCGCGUCAAAGACGUGCCGACGAUCUGCAUUUAUGAUAACGAAACCGCAUCUAAACCUUUUCACGAACUUGGCCUGCAACCUAGUUAUCAAUUAUGCAAUUUAGGCCUUCAAGCGUUCGACGAAUUUGGAAAAUGUCACACUAUAAAGAUUCAGUACAUUUUUUAUAGAGAAAGAGUAGGAAUGCAUGCUGAUAGAAUUGCUCCCACCAUAGGAGAUAUCGUUCGAGUAAAAGAUUUAAAAGGAUUAAAAGAUAUUGUACAUAGACCCAAGAAGACAAUGCUACUCGACCAUCAUCCUCAAAGUUCGGAGUUGGUUAAAUUAGGCUCAUUAGAUUACGAAGGGAUGAAAACUUUUAUUAGAGAAGUUGAAGAUACCAUGAUGAGUCUGAAACCUGUUAAACCCUCUGCUCAGGCACAACCAUAUACAAAGGAUGAAAUUACAAUAGAUGUAGUAGAUGAAUAUUAUUGCGAAUUGGAUCAAGAACAUAGAAUCUUAUAUCAUAAAGCUAGAAUUCGAGUAUUUUGUUUGGCUUUUCUUUCGGGAAAUCCAUCCUGUGAAUUGGGUAUGAAUGAUAUAACCAGGCAGGGAAAAGAAGUUGUUGGUCGUCACGAUAUCAUUCCAAUAAAAACCGAAGAAUGGAUAACUAUCGAACAGACAGAGUUGCAUCAACUCAUUGAUGCUGAGGGCUAUAAAAGAGAUACCGUUUUCCGAUUCAAACCUAUGGAUGCCAUUCGCUUUGAAUUAUUCAGAUUUAGGACUAGACCUAGAGUUAAUAAAGAGCUACCACUACAAAUAAGAAUGUUUGUAGAUAUUAAAGAAAAAUGCGUGGAAUGGAGAUGCGAAAUAAUGGUCUCUCAAUUUUGGACAAUGUCGAGGAAGGCAUCGCAGACACCUUGUAAAGAUAUUUGCAUAAGAAUCCCUAUACCAGAAUCCUGGGUUUACAUUUUCCGUGUGGAGAAACGAAAGUGGAACUUACAUCAGUCAAUGGGAUCAGUGCAUUCCACGAAGCGUCGGGCGGGAAAGAUUAAGGGUCUAGAACGUCUAACGCAACUAGCUAACAGUGUUUUACCGCCUUCCUUAAUUGAGGUAACAUGUGGUCAAGCGAAGUAUGAAAAUCUUUUCAAGGCCCUUGUUUGGAGGGUUGAUCAACUUCCUAGGUUCAACGAAGGUGCCUAUAAGCAGCAUGAGCUGCGAUGCAGAAUCGAUUUGCAAUCUCAUGACGUUAUACCUGAGUCUUACGACGAAUACUGUUGGGUAGAAUAUAACCAACCAAAAUCUUGUGUUUCCAGAGCCCAAGUUAGAUCAAUUAGCGUAGAAAAUCCAGAUAAUACGGAUAGAUGGGUACAUCACACAGCAAACUAUGAAUAUAAAGUACAGAUGUGUAUGACAAAAUCUGCUAAUGCUACCGGGAUGGUGCAAAAGUUAGGUUUAAUUGACCAGCAGUUAGCUACUGGUACUGGUACUGAUGAUGACACACAAGAUGAAGAUGAUAAGGAAAGUGAAAAAGAUAGCGAGGUAGUAGAAGAAGAGAGCAAAGAAUCAAAAGAGAUCGAAGAACAACAGGGAGGGCAAGUGGCAAACUUGCUAGACAUUUAG